CUGGUUUCUUCUACUACUUGUUUUACAGGUACUUUGGAUGGUAUAUGAUUCCUGUGUGGACUACUGGUCACUGGGAGUAAUACUACAUGAGAUGCUCACUGGGAGGAAACCCACCUUCUCCUGGUUGAGAAAGACUCUACAAUGUCCAGAGAACCUGAACCCAGAGGCAAAGGACAUUCUCAUGAAGCUGCUGACAUACUCCCCAUCCGAAAGGCGCAAUUUUGUUUGUGACAUCAAGCAGCACCCCUUCUUUAAGCCAAUUGACUGGCAGGCCCUGGAAGCUGGGAAAAUGAAGCCACCUUUCAUACCACCACCAGCAGAUGACUUAUUUGGAACUAGUUAUGAAAUCUUACCACCUUCUGAAGUAGAAGACGUGGGACAUUUAAAUAAUUUGAAAGGGCUCUCGUUUGUGUGCAAGGAGUGGAGGAAUAUCCCACCCAAUCAAUAG